AUGCAGGGUGGCCCGUUACCGGGGGACACGGCCAGCGAGACCCAGGGCCGCGGCGGUGAGAAGGAGCCUCAGCACUCCUCCGCACCCCACCUCCAGGGACCCAGGCCUGGCCCUGUGGGACAAACGCUACCCGGACUGGAGACACUGCCAGGGCUGGUGGUCAGCACGGGGGACGAGGACGACACUCGACCUCUGACCCUGCCCAGUCCCCAUCACCGUGGUGCCCUCUCUGCCUCGCACCUCACCUGGUGCCCACCCUGCAGGCUGGCCACUCCUGGUCUCCAGGACACGGGGGGCGGGGGGCCUAAGCCCCUGAGGAGCCCCCUCUGGUACCUGCUAGCCUGGUCCUUCCCCCAGGAACCCAAGUCUGUGACACCCCAGGCCCCUGCCCACCCAGAAGGAGCCUGGGGGAUUGAGGACCCUGCAGGUGCCCCCAGCCUGGAUGCUGGAAAAGCAGGUCCCCUGCAAGAGAUGCAGAAGCCCAGAGGCCAUGACCCUUCCUGGGGCACUGGUGGUGGCUGCCUGCCCCUGGACAGACACCCUGGGCUCUGCCUGAGAACUGUGCUGCGCGCACUGUUGCACCGUGCAGCGGAAAGUACGGCUCACAAGGUGCAGCACUGUGACCAGAGCUGGGAAAACCAGGUACAGCAGGCUUCCGGCUGGGGCCCGUACCACCUCGGCAGCCGCUCUGGGGGUCUGCGCCAGCCUCGCCAAGCCUCCAGCCGGGAGGAGCAGUGCUUCCUGGCAGCUGCCACCCCGGGGGUGGUCAUCCUGGGCAUCACAAACCGCAGAAGCAGUACUGGGCCCCCGGACGCAGAGAUGGUGCAGGUGCAGCGAAAGGGGCGGGGCACGCUCCAGGUGCACAGGAGAGCGGCCCCAGGCACCCGCACGCCGCCGCGCCGCCCCGCGCCGCCCACCCUCAGCUCCAGGCCGGCCGAGGUGAAGGUGCUGCUCAGCCUGCAGGCAGCGGCGGCCGGGCCCAGCACCCGGCGUGGCGGCACCUGCCCCAGAUUAGAUUCUCCUUUCUCAUUACCGCCACCCUGCGCGGACCUCCCGAGCCCCGCUCCCUCCCCUGCACGCGAUGGCCCAACUACCCGGAAGCUCUGGGUACGGGAUGGAGAGGGGCCCCUGCCCCGUCUGAGGCUCCCGGAGACCCCCGCGGGAUCAUUGCCCGAGGUAAUUGCAAAGGACCCGUCCUUGCGCGGAGCAGGCUCCGGGGACGCAGCGGGGAGGCGCGCACUCACCCCGGGGACGCGCGCGCGCUCCUCCGCCGGCUCCCACCUGGGUCCCCCGGAGGCGAUCGGCUCCUCGGCGGCGGCGGCCGAAGCAGGAGGGCGACGCGGGCACCAGGCUGCACCGAGGGCCGCGGGGCCCGUCCCGCAAGAACGCAGCGUGCACAAACACUCGGGGGCGGGCGCCGACCGAGGGCUGAGACCCUGCGCCAGCGCCAACAGGCGCCCGGGGAGACCGCGCGCGGCGGGACCGAGGCCGCGGGGCGCGCGCGAGGGGCCGGGACCUGCGCGGCUUGGAGUCCACGCGAGCCCAACCGGAGCUGCGGGGCCGGGAGCCGCGGGGCCGCUCAGCCCGAGCCUGCGCUGGGCGGAGGCAAGACAGGGCCUGGGGGAGGACGUCCCGGCCACCUCGGGGCUCCCGGCCCGCGCCCCCUCCCCCCGGACCUCCGCGGCCUGGACCCGCGGUCCUUUAAAGCCUGGCUGUCUCCUCCCUCUUCGCGAGGAGGCGGCGCGCGGUUCCAGGCCUGGGGGGCUCGGCCACACUGCAGACCCGCUGCUACAGCCUGCGCCGCGGCCCCGCGCGUCCGGCCGUCCGGCCGCCGCUCGUUCUAGUGACCCCUACAAGGCAGAUGAGGCCGAGGCCAACGGCUACAGCAGCAGCGGCCACAGUCCGAGUGCGGACAGCGGGGAUGAGGCGCCUGAUGAGGAGGCCGAGGAUGCCUUGAGGGGAGGUGGCGGCCAUGCGGCCCGCGGGUCGGGCUGCUCUGGAGCGGCAGAGACAGAGGCAGCCGCUGGCGCCGUCGGAGAGGCUUCAGUUCCCGCGCCCCGUGGGACCUCACCUGGAGCCCCAGGCACACCGGGAGCAUCGACUGCGACAGCAGCGUCGACAGCGGGUGGCACAGGGACGGGCCAGCAGGUCACAGCAGCCAAACCUAAGCGGAAGCGCACAGGCUCCGACUCCAAGUCAGGGAAGCCCAGACGUGCGCGCACCGCCUUCACCUACGAGCAGCUCGUGGCGCUGGAGAACAAGUUCAAGGCCACGCGCUACCUGUCGGUGUGUGAGCGCCUCAACCUGGCGCUGUCGCUCAGCCUCACCGAGACGCAGGUGAAGAUCUGGUUCCAGAACCGCCGGACCAAGUGGAAGAAGCAGAACCCGGGGGCCGACACCAGCGCACCCACGGGUGGUGGCGGGGGUGCCGGGCCUGGCGCGGGGCCGGGCACGGGGCUGCCGGGCGGGCUCAGCCCACUCAGCCCGUCGCCACCACUGGGUGCGCCGCUUGCCAUGCAUGGCCCCGCGGGGUACCCAGCGCAUGGCCCUGGUGGGCUGGUGUGCACUGCGCAGCUGCCCUUCCUGUCUGGCCCGGCUGUGCUGUCCCCUUUUGUGCUGGGCUCGCAGACCUACGGCACACCCGCCUUCUACGCACCGCACCUCUGA